GCCAUCGGCAGUGCGAUGUGCGCGCUGAGCGCGCGCGAACAUAUUGUGGACUGCGGGGCGGGAAUUGGUGCAGGCAGAAACAAGUGUACUGUGUCCUCUCCGUCUUUGUCUCGUCAAUGAGGGGAAUAUGCAAUAAUUUUUUUGGUGUAAUUUCUAGAUAGGGUUCUGAAGACUAAUCUUUUUUUAUCCGCAUACCUGGGGGUAAGUAGGGUGAAACAUGAAAUAUUUGUUACAAGAUUGGAAGAUAUUUUUGAUUUCAAAAUGAAUUUUGCACAGGAAAAUAAGUUUCUAAAUUUGAUGAAAGAUGUGUGUGUGUGCUUCGAAUACGUAAUAAACGUACGUGACGUGAAAUUAUCGCUUGGUAUUGGCACAAGAUUGAAGAUAUUGUGUUAGUUUUCCUUGACUUCUGAGGUUCAAGGACGGCCAUUCACCUACUGUAAUGUUGUGAAGGUCAGUUUGACAAUUGCAUAAGCCUUUCUUGGAUUUGCAGGUUGUCAUGUCUGUUGUCGGCAUGGAAGAAGACGACAGGCGUAAUAUUACCCGAAAUAUGGGGAGGCUCGUCGACGAAACUAAUAUAGACGUGCUGAUUCCCAAGCUACUUGAAAAGGGAGUUUUUUCGUCAACGAUGAUUGAAAAAUAUUUGCCUAAUGCAGGUUUAAAUGUUCAGCAACGAAAAACUGCAUUGUAUCUGGAUAUACAGAGAAGAGGGCCAUUAGCCUUUGGAAAAUUAAUAGCAUCUCUGAUAGAAACAAAGCAUUAUUCAUUAGCCAUAUUGUUGCGACCAGAUGUAAGCAUAGAGGCAUAUUCAAAUAGACAGGAAUCUGUUUCUCGUGAUGCUCUUCCAGGCGGGAAUCAUCACUCUGGUACAACUCUUAGUAACUUGCCGGAAUAUUAUUCUGAACAAUUUCAUAACCAAAUUGGAGAAUUGCAUCGAGCCCAUCCCAAUGCAAGAAUUAAUUUGAAUGUUGAACCUUUAAGAGUGCAAGUGAAGUAUGCAACUUUUCGUUCUGAUCAACAAUCUUCUAAGCCAAAUCUUACAGUGUACCCCAUGGGAUCUCGCCCUAAAGGUUAUUUUUUAUUGAUAAACAACAUAAAGUUCAUUAAUAAUAUUCAUGAAGAGAGAUUUGGUGCUCAUGUUGAUGAUUUGAAUUUGACAAUUUUGUUUCAAGAAUUGGGCUACGAAGUUAUACCACAUAGAAAUUUGAAAUUAUCUGAUAUGAAAACAAAAAUCGAAGAGUUUGCUCAAAUGGAAGAACACAAACGUGCUCAUUCUUGUGUUGUGGCAAUUUUAAGUCAUGGAUUUUCUGGAGACGAACCUGGUAGUACUGAUUUUGCUGCAACAGAUGGGCUAAAAUUGUCUAGUUCAUGGGUGUUAGAAUGUUUCAACAAUUACAAUUGCCCAAAUCUUAUGAGGAGGCCAAAAAUUUUCAUUUUCCAGACAUGUAGUUUUGAAUGUAGAGGAGAUAAGGCUGACUUUGGAGUAAUGCCACUGCAAAGACAAAUGCUGAGACCUCGAGUUGUAAGUGAUGGUUUUUCUACAGCCCAGUCUCGAACCUAUACAGAUAUGCUGUUAGCAUAUUCAACGCUCCCAGGAUACGUAUCCAAUCGAGAUAUGUAUUGUGGGACAUGGUACAUACAAUCACUAUGUGAAAUAUUCAUGGAGCAUGCUUGUGACACAGAAAUACAAGAGAUGCUAAUGAUGGUUGACAGUAAACUAAAGCAUCUUAUUGCAGAUAAUGGAACUAUGCAAACAAGUAGUUUUGAAAACUGGGGGUUUCAAAAAUUUUUUUUUAAUCCUGGACUCUAUGAUGAUUCUAAUAACAUGGAUAGUGCUGCAGUUCUAGAAUAGUUUAAAGAAACUGUGUAUAAAAUAUUAUAUUUUAAUAUUUUGUUUAAUGAUUUUUUUAAAAUUUGAGUCAAAGCUAUUAGUGUUUUGUAGAACUUCCUUAUGUGUGCAAUCAAUGACAAUUUAGUGCCUAGAUCAAGAUUUUAUUAUUGUCAGUUGUGUGAAAAGACUGGAAGUAUUUAAAUGCAUUUAAAGUUUCAGAUUUUAUCUCUGGAUAUAAGUGUAAAAAUUAUUUUUCAAAUUAGAAAUAUUGGUGCAUGUGGUUUCUCUUUUGGAAAUCACUUUAGACAAACAUAUUCCUUGAAACAGAAAUUGACUAUUUUUCUAUGGAUUUGCUUAAAACUACAAUUGUAAUUUAGCCUCUCCAAGACUGAUGACAUUGAAAAUGAAUUUUUUUAAAAUGAGUUUUUAGGAACUAGGAUGUGAUUACUCAUUUUUUAAUUAUUUGGAACAGUCAUUGUUAAAUUUAUAAAUUUGAAACUACAUUCAAGGAAAUGUUUCUAUGUAAGAUUUUAGCUUUAAUGAUAUUUGAUAGAUACAUUUAAUGAUUUUUUUAAGACUCUUAUGAUUUGUAUAAAGAUUUUUUAAAUAAAAAUGAAAGAGGGGAGAAGGAUAUUGAAAAUUGAUGAAAUAGAGAGCUGUUUUUUAAAUCUUUUGUAAUAUGGAAACUAUUUUCCAGUAACUUUUAUUGCAAUGUUUUUUAAUUUGGAAGGGAAUGCAAAUUUUAUUUAUUAUCAUAAUGCAAGAAUAUCCUGAACCCCUUGUGUUGGUUAUAAUUAAAAAAAACAAAAACAAACUUGUUGUAAUAUUAGAAUUUUGCCAAUUACGAUGUUUUUUUUUUACCACAGUGCAACAAUCUUUUUUAUCCGGGACAAUGAUUUUAAAGGAAAAUUCUUUGAUCUCAGUAUUAAAUGUCUGAGUGAAGGCAAAAUGUUAUAUACAUGUAUAUUUUUGUUUUUGUAUAUUUACUUUUAUUGAAUAUUUAUUACCAGGAGAAAUAAAUUGAAGUGUGUUCCAUCAAAAUGUAAGACUUUGUUGAAGUAUUCUAAGGAUAAAGAAUGUGGAAAUUGUUAUAAAACUGCGAAAGUAUCAAACAAUAUUGGGAAAAAGUGCAAUUUAUUAAAAGAUCCUCAAAAGCUCCCAUACUGGCAAACCCAGUUUUCUAAGUAUCGAAUUCUCAAGAUCAAUAAAUGGCACAUUUGAAUACUAUAAUUCCGAAAAAGAUGUACUUAAAUUACAGAGAAUUCACAAUAUUUAUGGGAUUCAAGAAAAUUUAGCAUUUUAGUCCCUUUUCCUAAUAAAGUUCGACAAUAAAUCAGAAUACUUCCAAAGUUACGCUGAAAGGGCAGUGAAUAGCACUCAUGACCAUUCAUCUCCACUUCCACCUUCCUGCUAGGCACCGUCUUGAAACUGAAUAGCAUUCAAUGAUGUAUACUGAUAUGAAAAACUGACUUGCAAU